AUGGCCGAGGCUCCCCGGGCCCCAGCUCUCCUCCUGACCCUGCUGCUUCCAGCCCUGCCUGGCCUGCUGCCGGCCCCCGCCCUUGGAGGAUGCCCCUCGGCGUGCCGCUGCUCCUUCGCCGUGCUCCAGUGCCUGCAGACCGACGGGAUCACCAGCAUCCCGCCACUGGCGCAGCAGGAAGGCGACAACGUGACGGAGAUUCACAUAGAGAACCAGUCUGGCCUGGAGAACAUCACAGACAAUGACCUGAUGAACUACAAAGAACUGAGAAACCUUACCAUCACGUCAUGCAACCUGAGGUUCAUCUCUGCCAACGCCUUCCAGAAAAAUGUCAAACUGCAAUAUGUAGAUCUGGCGUUGAACUCCCUGGAGGUGAUCAGCUGGAGGGUUUUCCACUUCCUGCCUCUGCUCAACCUGGUUCUGCGGGAGAACCCGCUGGUGUGUUCCUGCGACCUGCACUGGCUGCAGCAGUGGCAGCUGAGUGGCCGCGGAGACCUGGAGGGACAAACGCUGCUCUGCUGGAACGGCGAGGGAGAGGCGGAGCCACUGGGGAGUGCCGUGCUGGACAACUGCAGUCUUCCAGAAGUCUUCAUCACUUCGUCUCAUGAGAAAGUUCAGGAAGGAGGAAGUCUCAACUUCACCUGUCAGGUGACAGGAAGUCCAACUCCUGAUGUCCGCUGGAGAACACAGAACCUCACCUCUCAGUUCUACACACAGGAACAGUUCUGGGGCUCGACGCUGGAUCUGGUCCUCAUCCUCACCAAUGUGUCCUCCAUGGAUAACCUGCACAACCUGACUUGCGAGGCGGAGAACCAGGCUGGGCCCCAGGAGAAAAUGGUGCAACUGGACAUCGAGUUUCCGGUGAAGAUCAUCUACCUGCGGAAUGCCGAACAGCAGCACCACUGGUGUAUCCCCUUCGCGGUGGACGGAAACCCUGAGCCGGAGAUCUCCUGGCUUUACAAUGGUGCCAGCUUCACGCUGACGCGCUACGCCUACAUGCAGUUGAUCCCGGACUCACUGGAUGGUUCCGUAAAGCACGGCUGCCUGUUCUUCAACAAGCCUACCCACGUCAACAACGGGUUCUACACCCUGGUGGCCCGGAACCGGCUGGGCGGCGCCAACGCCACCGCUGAGGGGAUGUUCAUGAACAAUCCCUUCGGCCCGUCGGACCCCGAGGGCCUCAUUCCAGUUGAUACGGACCCAAGUAAGUCCUCCAUUGAGCUGGAGUCUCUAAAAUAUUUUGGCACUGUCUCUCUUUUGACUCCCUCAGGUCCUAAGACCAAGUCUGAGAUGGACGUGACAGAGAACCUGGAGAACCGGGUGUUUGUGGUAUCUGUUGCCGUGGGUCUGGCUUUGUUUGCCUGUACUUUUCUACUCAUUCUGCUUGUGGUCAUCAACAAAUGCGGUCGACACUCCAAGUUUGGUAUCCACCGCUCAUCAGUUCUGGGGACAGGUGACGAUUUAGCCGUCUCGCUUCGAUUCCUGAACUUUGGAACCAGCCCCCCUUCCUCAGAUGAAGACUCGGGUCUGUCCAGCUUCGUGGAGAACCCACAGUACUUCUGUGGCAUCAUCAAAGACAAAGAUAUGUGCGUGCAGCACAUCAAGCGGCAGGACAUCGUCCUGAAGUGGGAACUUGGCGAGGGGGCAUUCGGGAAAGUCUACCUGGCCGAAUGCGCCAACCUGAGCCCCGACACCGACAAGAUGCUGGUGGCCAUCAAGACCCUGAAGGACGCCACUGAGUCAACUCGGCAGGACUUCCAGCGUGAAGCGGAGCUGCUGACAGUGCUCCAGCACCAGCACAUUGUUCGAUUCUAUGGCGUCUGCACGGACGGCGAACCGCUGGCCAUGGUGUUCGAGUACAUGAGACACGGAGACCUGAACCGCUUCCUGCGGGCUCACGGCCCAGAUGCCCGGAUCCUGGAUGAGUCCCACACGCCCCCGCUGGGCCAGCUCACCCUUCCUCAGAUGCUGCAGAUCGCAGCUCAGAUCGCUUCCGGCAUGGUGUACCUGGCCUCGCUACACUUCGUCCACCGUGACCUGGCGACACGGAACUGCCUGGUGGGGGAGGGCCUUGUGGUGAAGAUCGGAGACUUUGGCAUGUCCAGAGAUAUCUAUAGUACCGAUUACUACCGGGUGGGGGGGCGCACCAUGCUGCCGAUUCGCUGGAUGCCCCCUGAGAGCAUCAUGUACAGGAAGUUCACCACUGAGAGCGACAUCUGGAGCUUCGGUGUGGUUCUCUGGGAGAUCUUCACCUACGGCAAGCAGCCCUGGUACCAGCUGUCCAACAGUGAGGCCAUCGAAUGCAUCACGCAGGGCCGGGAGCUGGAGAGGCCAAGAACCUGCCCUAAGGAGAUCUACCUGCUGAUGCAGGGCUGCUGGCAGAGGGAGCCCCAGCAGAGGAUGGUCAUCAAGGACAUCCACAGCCGCCUGCUGGCCCUGGUCAAGAACCCGCCCGUCUACCUGGACAUCCUGGGCUAGAGGGGACC